GAACCAACCAUCUUGUGAUCAUCCAAUAUGAUUGGAAAAUUGACAAAAAGUAACAUAUGAGUUUCAUUUUGGUAAAACUAUUUUAUUCUAUCAAUCUUUGGACGAGAUCAACCAUCCAACGGCAAACACUAAACAGUAACAUCGAAACUCUUAUUCAAGGUGGUGUGUAAUGGUUUCUCUUUAGCAUUUAUCUCUCUCUAAAUCACCAAUGGAUUACAAACCUCUGGAUUCCAUUACUGUGAUUGAUAUCGAAGCUCUCGGAGUUGGUUCUCAACUUGCCAAGCAACUCCAUGGAAGUUUGGGGGAAAUCAUUCGUACUUAUGGGAAUGGAACUCCUGCGACUUGGCUCCAUAUAUCCAAGAAACUCCUUACCCCCGACCUUCCCUUCUCCUUUCAUCAAAUGAUGUAUUACGGUUGUUACAAAAACUUUGGUCCGGAUCCGCCUGCUUGGAUUCCUGAACCGGAGAAUGCAGUGUUCACAAAUGUCGGCAAGCUAUUGGAGAAGCGAGGCAAAGAAUUUAUGGGGUCAAGUUAUAGCGACCCCUUAUCAAGCUUCUCCUCUUUCCAGGAGUUUUCAGUUUCAAACCCCGAGGUCUAUUGGAGAACUGUCCUAGAUGAGAUGAAUAUAACAUUUUCUAAGCCUCCUAACUGUAUCUUGCAAAUAAAUGAUUCUCCAGAAAGCAAAUUUUCAAGCCCGGGUGGCCAAUGGCUUCCUGGAGCAGUGUUUAAUCCGGCUAAAGAUUGUUUAUCUUUAAAUGAGAACAGAAGUUUGGAUGAUGUAGCAAUCAUAUGGCGUGAUGAAGGAUAUGAUGAUCUGCCUUUGAAGAGAUUGACACUUAGAGAAUUGCGUGCUGAGGUUUGGUUAGUUGCACAUGCUCUCAACUCAAUAGGUUUUGAGAAAGGAACUGCAAUAGCAAUUGAUAUGCCAAUGAAUGUCAAUGCUGUAGUCAUCUAUCUUGCUAUAGUUCUUGCUGGUCAUGUGGUUGUCUCCAUAGCUGAUAGUUUUGCUGCACGUGAAAUAUCCACAAGACUUGAUAUAUCAAAAGCAAAAGCUAUAUUUACACAGGAUCUUAUUAUUCGUGGGGAUAAAAGUAUACCCUUGUAUAGCCGAGUUGUAGAUGCUCAGGCACCUCUGGCAAUCGUAAUUCCGACCAAUAGCACUGGUUUUAGCAUGAAACUACGAGAUGGUGAUAUUUCUUGGCAUGCCUUUCUGGACAAAGUCAAAGAUUUGAAAGGAGUGGAGUUUGAUGCAGUGGAACAAUCAGCGGAAUCUUUUACAAAUAUUCUUUUUUCAUCAGGAACAACAGGAGAGCCAAAAGCAAUUCCAUGGACACUUGUAACACCUUUGAAAGCUGCAGCCGAUGCAUGGUGCCACAUGGACAUUCAUAAAGGUGAUGUUGUUGCUUGGCCCACUAAUCUUGGGUGGAUGAUGGGUCCAUGGUUAGUUUAUGCUUCAUUAUUAAACAAGGCUUCCAUGGCAUUAUACAAUGGAUCCCCACUUAGUUCUGGAUUUGUUAAAUUUAUACAGGAUGCUAAAACAACAAUGCUUGGGGUGAUUCCAAGUAUUGUCCGUUCAUGGAAAAGUACAAACUGCACAUCAGGUUAUGAUUGGUCUUCCAUCCGUUGUUUUGCCUCCACUGGAGAAGCAUCUAGCGUAGAUGAAUACCUAUGGCUAAUGGGAAGAGCUUGCUAUAAGCCUAUCAUCGAAUAUUGUGGUGGGACGGAGAUUGGUGGUGGAUUUGUUACAGGGUCAAUGUUGCAGGCUCAGGCAUUGGCGGCGUUUAGCACACCAGCUAUGGGGUGCAGUCUCUUUAUUCUUGGCGAUGAUGGUUCUCCUAUUCCACAAAAUAUGCCAGGAAUUGGCGAAUUGGCGCUCGGACCUUUCAUGUUUGGAGCUUCUAGCAGUCUCUUGAAUGCUGACCAUUAUGAUAUCUAUUUCAAGGGAAUGCCCAUUUGGAAUGGAAUGUUAAUGAGAAGGCAUGGAGAUCUGUUUGAGCGUUCUCCUCGAGGAUUUUAUCGGGCACAUGGUCGUGCAGAUGAUACAAUGAAUCUUGGAGGCAUAAAGGUGAGUUCGGUCGAGAUUGAGCGAAUCUGCAAUACAGUCAACAACAGCAUUCUUGAAACAGCUGCCAUCGGGGUACCACCGCAGGGUGGUGGCCCCGAAAGGUUGGUGAUUGCAAUUGUGUUCAAGAAUCCAAGCGAAACUAGCAUAGAUUUAGACAAGUUAAAGCAGUCUUUCAAUUCAGCUAUCCAGAAAAACCUCAAUCCACUGUUCAGGGUUCAUCGUGUGGUUCCGUACCCUUCCCUUCCAAGGACUGCAACAAAUAAGGUUAUGAGAAGGAUAUUGAGGCAGCAGCUUACACUUGAACACAAAACAAAGCUCUAAAUUAAAACCACACACACAUAAUUCAAUUUUGAAUUGGACAAACUGAGCUGCUCUGCUUGAGAAAUUUAGCUUUGCUCACAUGAUAAGGCUAUACGAACAAAUCUGUAUACUAAGAAAGACGACGUGUUUAACAUAGCAGGGCACUCCUUCAGUUUCUAAAGAUGUUACUUUCUUCCUUAUCAAUAUAAUAAUGGGUGUCUUUACGUACCAA